AUGAGAACUCUUGUUUUGAAGCUGGAUAAUUUGCUGCUAGCUCCUCCUCAAGUAUGCUCGUCCGUCAGUGUCCAACACGGGAUGAGCCUCCUUAAAAAUGAUGUCCAUAAGAUGUGCACCUACCUUGAUCAAUUGUCAGGGUUGGAGGACCCUCCCCUGACGGCCAAGUGCUGGAUGAAUGAGGCGCGCGACCUGUCAUACGACAUGGAGGAUUAUAUCGACAGUUUGUUAUUUGUGCAGCCUGCAGAUCCAUCCCUAGUUGCCAAUAACAUCAAGACCACGAGAUCACUCCUCAAAUUGUUCAGUCCUGUCAAGAAUCCCAAGAGGCUCCAGCAGCCCAACAAGAUUGCAGAAACAGUAUCAGAAUUCAGGAUGUAUGUUCAGGCGGCGAUUCAACGACACGAAGUAUAUGUUCUGUCAGAUUCCGCUCCAUGUUCCUCCAGCACCUUGAGGGGUAGAUUUGUGUCUGCAGGCCAUAUACUUCCAACACCUUAUGAAGAAACUGACGACAUAGUGAUAAAUGGCCCGAUGAACAAAUUUAUCAAUUCACUGGCUAAGGAUGGGGAAAAGAAUCUCAAGGUAGUAUCUGUUUUUGGAUCUGCCUGUCUUGGUAAAACUACACUUGCUAGAUUGUUGUACGACAGAUUUGGGAAGCAAUACAAUUGUCGAGCUUUCAUUCGGGUGUCAAAGAAAGCUGAUAUGAAGAGAAUUUUUCGAGACAUGCUCUCACAACUCAAGCGGCAGCAUCCCCGACAAGAUUGCGAGGACAUUGAACUCAUUUACUAUAUUACAGAAUAUCUACAACAUAGAAGGUAUUUAAUUGUUAUUGAUGAUAUAUGGGAUACAACAGUAUGGGAUAAUAUUAGCCAUGCUUUCCCAAAGGGCAGUCAUGGCAGCAGAAUAAUAACAACCACGCAGAUUGAAGAUGUUGCACUGACAUGUUGCUGUUAUCAGUCAGAGUAUGUGUUUGAGAUGAAAAGCAUGGAUGAUGAUCAAUCAAGAAAACUAUUCUUUAACAGACUAUUUGGCUCUGAAAGUUCAUGUCCUCCACAGUUGAAAGAGACUUCAAACGAAAUAGUUGAAAUGUGUGGUGGUUUGCCGCUAGCAACAAUCAGCAUAGCUAGUCUUUUAGCAAGCCAGCCUGUCAUGUCAGUUGAUCAAUUGACAUACAUCCGUGAGUCGUUAAGCCCCUGUAUCUCGGCAUGUUCUACUUCAGAGAGAACGAGACAAGCACUGAAUCUGAGCUUCAAUAAUCUUCCUGAUUACUUGAAGACAUGUUUGUUGUAUCUUAGUAUUUAUCCAGAGGGCUACACAUUCUGCAAGGAUGAUUUAGUGAAGCAAUGGGUGGCUGAAGGUCUCAUCGAUUCAAUGGAAAUGCAAGAUACGGAGAAAGUUGCAGAAAACUAUCUCCAUCAACUUAUUGAUAGAAGAUUCAUCCAGCCUGUACGUACCAACUACAAUAAUGAAGUGUUGUCGUGUGCAGUUCAUGACACAGUACAUGGUCUUAUUGCACACAAGUCUGCAGAACAGAAUUUCAUUGUUGCAAUAGACAACAACGAAAAGAACCCGGCUCUCUCCCAUAAGGCCCGUCGACUAUGUCUCCUUUCUCGUUAUGCAUCAUAUGGCAAGACACCAACAAACAUCAUGAAAUCACAAGUUCGGUCACUUAGAUUUGUUGGAUUAUCCGACUGUAUGCCCUGUAUUCAAGAGUUCAAGUUACUUCGCGUUCUAAACCUUGAAAUCACCUAUAAUCACGGCCCCAGUGAUCCUGUUGACCUCACCGGGAUGUCUGAACUGUAUCAACUGAAAUAUUUGAAGAUUGCAUGUGAUGUCUCCAUAAAACUGCCAAACCAUGGGCUACAAUGUUUAGAAACACUGGAUAUAAAGGAUGCAGUAGACACCUAUUUUGGAGGAGGUUGUAUCCUCCAUCUCCCACACUUGUUACACGCCAGUCUUCCUUUUAAGAAUAGUCAUAUGCGUAGUAUGGGCAAUAUGGCCAAGUUUGGGAAUGCCAGGUAUGUUGAGGAUUUACGUCUUACCAGUUAUUCUAGAGAUUACAUCGAUCUGGAGGGCCUUGUAGAAGCUCUGGGUUUCUUAAUUGGAGAAUAUCGCAACCUGAGAACUGUGGUAGUUUCUCAUUGCUCCAUGGUGACAAAUUAUGUGGUUUGUGGUGAUAUCAAUUAUUGGGAUAACAUGGAACCUCCCCCCCUUCUCCAGAGAUUUGAAUGGUCAUCCCCCAGUGGCAUGUUCUUGGACCGAAUUCCUAGGUGGUUUAAAGAACUAAAACACCUGUCCAUUUUGAAGAUUGCAGUGAGGAUACUAGAGACGGAUUGUGUGGAUGUUCUUAGAGGAUUGCAUGUCCUCACUGCUCUGUCCCUGUGUGUUCUGAAGUCACCCGCUUACAAGAUCAUAUUUGACAAGGCCGGGUUCUCAGAUCUCAAAUACUUCAAGUUGAAGUGCAUCAGUGGUAUAGCUCUGCUGAAAUUUGAGGCAGAUGCGAUGCCUAAUAUCUGUAAGAUCAAGCUAGUUUUCAAUGCCAGCCCCCAAAUGGACCAAUGUAAACGUGGUGCUGCGAUUAUCAUCAUCGAUCAUAUGCCAAGACUUAAAGAGGUCUCCGUAAAAUUUGGAGGUACAGCUUCUGAUGUAGAGUAUGCUGUGAGGACCUUCGUUAAUAAUCAUCCGAGCAAUCCCAAAAUAAGCAUGCAACAGGUGGAAUAUAGUUCAUGUGACGAGGAAAACACAAAGCAGAAACGACAACCAGAUGAGAUUAAGGAGGAAGAACGGGAUGCAUCAUGGAAGCAACAACCGGAUAAUAUUGUGGAGGAUGAACCUGAUGAAUCAUACAAACAACCACCAGAUAAGAUCAGCGAGGGAAAACCAGAUAAAUAUAAAAAGACACUGGAGAUACCAGCUGAUAAAAGGUCCCCAGAGUCUCUGCGUGCUUUCACCUUGGGUGAGCUCAUAUCUGCCACCAGCAACUUUUCGCAGCAAAACCGCCUCAGGAAACACAACUUCGAUGGCAGUAGCACCUACAAGGGGACCGUCGACGGCAAGGUCAUGGUCACCAUCAAAAAAUUCCCCCGCGGCGAGGAGCUGCCGGAGUUGGAGAAUCUUUGGACGACACAACAUCCUCAUGUGGUGAGGCUGCUGGGCUACUGCAACGAAGGCGGGCACGCGAUGCUUGUCUACGAGUACAUACCCAGGGGCAACCUCGCAGACAGUAAGCAUGCAUCCAUGGUGAUUCGGAUUGAAUUGACUAAUCUGAUUCGGUCGUUACCUUGGUUAACACGGCUCAAGAUAGCCAUCGGAGCAGCUAAAGGUUUGGCGUUUCUGCAUGAGUCAGCCAACUGCAAUAUCAUCGGUUUCAAUGCUUCGAGCAUUCUGCUUGGCUCGGAUUACACGGCGAAGAUACAGGGUUUUUACAGGCGUGUGUAUAGUGAGGUGGGAGCGUGCAGUAACGUGUUCGACUUCGGAUUGGUGCUGCACUGUAUGAUGGACCCAAGACUGGAGGGUCAAUACUCGUUUUCGGCAGCAUGGAGCGCUGUGAUGAUCGCGUGCCGGUGCAUGGAUAGCGAGUUAGUGAAUCGGCGAAAGGUGCGCAUGAGUGGAGUCGUGGGCGCCCUUGAGCCACUGCUCAGCGAUCACAGUAUCGGCGGGCCUGUGCGAGUAAGUGGCAAGCGACAGUCAAAGAAAUCUAAUAUGUUGGGAUGCUUUGCCAUUGUCACUAGAAAAGAUGGUGGAAUUAAGGAUGAAGAGGACAUGAAACUAACCAGACAGCUGGCAGGUGAGGCAAUAAAAGAGGGAGGCAAUACUAGGUUUCUGGAAGAAGAAUCAGACGAGGAGUUCUUUGACGGAUACAAUUAUAGAAACAGCUGGCGAGUGGGGCAGUAA